AUAUACAUAUAUAUAUAUAUAUAUAUAUAUAUACACACACGCAUAUUUAGUUAUUGAUUAUUAUACUAAAAUUACAUUCAUAAAGAUAUAUAACUCGGCGAAAUGAAGAUAAGAGUGAUGGCAUCUUUUCUAAGAUAAAAGAAAUUUAUAAAAAACGUUUUUUAAAAUCUUAUACACAUAAUUCAAAAGCUAACAUGAAACAUGAUGAACAAAAAAAUAUGAACAAACAAAAUGAAAAUAAAUAUAAAUUGAAGACUCUUUUACAAGUACUACAAAAAUAUAUUAAAAAUUGUUAUAUGCAAAUAAUUAUGAUAAUUUAGUUUUUAUAAAUAUAUAUAUAUAAAAAUUUAUGAUUAGGAAAAGAAAAAAUUACUUGCUCCAAAUCAGAAUAAAAUAACAUCUAAAAAUAUAGAUUUAAGAAAACAAUUAUCUUGGAAAAUGUCUUUCUCAUGUUUUUCAUCAGCUUGUACCAAGUACAAACAUGUACCUAAACCAAUAUCAAAUAAAUGGAAUAUUAAAGAUUUUGAAAAUUAUAAAUACAAUGAAUUAAGUUCUCAAAAUAUAAAAAAUCUUUCUAAAGACUCAUAUCAGGUAUUAUUUAAUUAAUAUUUAAUUUUAUAUUGAAUGUAAUUUCUUAAUUAUAUAUUUUUUUUAUUCUAGAAUGACAAAGAUAUUUGUUUCUCAGACACAGAUUUUAAAUUUUUAACAAUAUCUUCAAAAUCUGAUAGACAAAGUGAUGAACAAUUAUUAAUAUGUAAAUUAAAUUCAGGAGAUAUUUACAAUUCUAAAAGACAGAUUAGUUCCAAGCAGAUAGAAUUAAAAUUUGAAAGUACAGAUUCAUUUAGUGAUAAUACACAAAAAUACAAAAUUUCCAUAUCUAAAUCAAGCUGUUCACCUUAUUCUUUAUUAACAAAAAAUUUAGCUAGUGAUUCAAAAUAUUUCUCAGAUUCUGCAAUUGAUAAAUCGGAUAUUUUAUCAAAUACUUUUCUUGGCAAAUUAAAGAGGUUUUUAAUAAUUUAUAAAUAUGCUAUUGAAUCUAAUUUAAAUUAAUAGAUUAAUUAUUUUAAAUAUUUAUAUAGAUCAAACAAUUCUUAUACAAAUUCUACAUUAUCAAAUACAUCUAAUAUAAUUGAAAUAAAAAAUCAAAUUUUACAUAUAAACUCAAAAACUGAAAAUACUUCUAUGUGUAGUAUAAAUAAAAGUGAUACAAUUAAAAGAAACAAAUCAAAAGAAUUAAAAUCGCAAAUAAAUUUAAAUAAAUGUGCACAUUCAAAAAAAUUACAACAAAAAAUGAAAUCAUCAAUAGAUAUAUUACAAAAUGAAAUAAAAGAAUCUAAAAGUUUUGUAAAAAUAUCAAAAUCAGAUAAUUUCAGUACUUCAUUAAAAAACAAUUUCGAUAAUUUUAUUAAUUGUAAUUUAAAUAAUUUUACUACAGAACAAACAUCUGUUUCUACACCUAAAAAAUUAGUUUCUAAUAAUGAAAAUAUUUUUACUGUAUCAAAUCAUAAAUCAGAAAUAAGUGAAACCUAUGAUGAAUUAGCAAUAUUAUUUGCACAAUAUAUGAAACUUCAAACUCGAUUGUGUCAAAGAAAAUAUUGUUCUUUAAAACGAUAUUUAAAACAACAAACACAACAUACUACAAGGAAAUGUCAAAUAAGAUUUAAUUAUCAUCGUAUAUAUCCUUAUGAUCAAAGACCAAUGUGCAAUAGUGGAAAUAUAUGUAUAGAUACAUAUGAUGAAUUAAAAUUGAUGUCUACAUCACCAACAGAAAGAAAGAAUAUUUACCAACAUAUGUUUAAAAGAAGAAAGCAUUUUUUAAAUCAGCCAUGCAUUUUAUCUCUCUCUAAUCAAAAUCUUACAACACUUGAAUGAAAUUAAAACUAAAAUUAAAAAAAAUUUAAA